GAAAAAGAUGUAACUUGUAGUUAUUGUAAUCAGAAGUUUACCUUGAAAUGUAAUUUGAGACGUCAUCUGAAAGAAAAACAUUUUCAUCAUCGGCCAGAUUUUUGUAAAAUAUGUGGAAUGGUCUUUAGUCAUAUGGGUAAUCUUAGACGACAUAUCCGUGGAUCACAUUUAAAAGAAUCUUAUAGAUGUCAGCUUUGUGACAAAACAUUUGCACAGAAAAGCAAUCUUAAAGUUCAUGUAACUAAUAUUGGAAUUGAAGAUGGAAAUUGUAGGUGUAUAGAUUGUGGUAAAGUUUUUAGUCAUCGUGGUAAUUUGAGACGACACAUUCGUCAUGCUCAUUUUAACGAGAAUUUUCAGUGUCCUAUAUGUGGCAAGAUUUGUACUCAGAAAUACCAUCUUCGAGAUCAUAUAAGAAGAAUUCAUAGAACUCAUCUUGGGAUUGAUUCAAGAGCAUGUGAAUGGUGUGGUAAGCUUUUCAGUGAUAGAUCUAAUCUGAGAACACAUGUCAGAUCUCAACAUCUCAAUAUACGCUUGACGUGUCCAAUAUGUGGUAAAUCAUGCGCUCAAAAAGUUCACCUUCAAAAACAUUUGAAAAAAAGGCACAUGAAUGAACAAACAGGUCCAUGUUUAUAUUGUGGUAGAACAUUUACAAGAAUUUCAUCCCUCAGAAGACAUAUUCAUAAAGUUCAUCUUGGAGAUGUAGCUCUGUAA